CCGCAGUAAUUUAUUGUUUGAAAACAGUAUACAAUUUUAGGUUUGUUAAAUUACGAAUAAAUGUUGUAAGGAAAAUUAUCGUUGUUUUCAUUUAAUGUCCAGUAAAAGGAGAUGUGAAUAAAUAAAGUUGGUGAAUUACAUAAGUAAACGAUAACAUGAAAUGAAAAUGAAAAUUAAUGAACCCUUUUACGUAUAAAUGUAGCUGUUAUUUGUAGUGAAAGACGAAAAAUGAUAGCUCAUAAAGAAGCAUACAUACUCAAUAGUAUCCAGUGAUUAUACACAAUGUUAAAUCGAAAAUGAAUUUUUCAUCAAAAAAUGUUUUCUCCUGUUUAUUUCUUCGACCCUGGCUAGGUGUGCCUCUUGGUUUGUGGAUAGCUGUUUCCGUUAUAUAUUACUGGUGGUUAAUAUCAAGGAUAAACAUAUUGGAAACACAAAAUAUCGUGUUUAAAAAACAACUUCAAAUAUCCCAAAAUGUGAUGCGGCAAAUAUCUGUGGACACUGAGAUAACAUAUACUGUACCUGAGAUUCCAGAUGUGGCCGGAACAAUCUGUGAAACAGUUCACGUAGCUCUUGUUUGCAUGGGGAAGUGUACUAGGAACAUCACACCCAUGUUGAAAUCCCUGCUCCAUCAUAGACAGAACCCAAUACACUUUCACAUAAUUGUGGACAGCAUGUCCGAACAUACAAUUGGCACUCUAUUUGAUACUUGGGAUAUACCUGAUGUGAAAUACACCCAGUACAAUGCCCAAAAUCGUCUAGUUGAAGUCCGUUGGAUACCCAACAGUCACUACUCAGGGAUAUAUGCUCUAGUCAAACUCCUGUUUCCCAGUAUACUGCCCGAUAGCCUUAGACAAGUCAUAGUGCUCGAUUCGGACCUAACAUUCCUAUGUGAUGUAGCAGAACUAUGGAGCAUGUUUAGAAACAUGACUGAUGAUCAGUUUAUAGGUCUAGUGGAAAACGAAAGCAACUGGUACUAUGAUAAAACGAAACGCUGGCCAGCAUUGGGCCGCGGUUACAACACCGGUGUCAUGCUAUUGGACCUGCACAAGCUAAGAACAAUCACGGACUGGACGUUGGUAUGGCAUGAGACGAUCAAUGAAAAUUUGGAGCAAUUGAAACAAACAACGUUGGCCGAUCAGGAUGUGAUCAAUGCGAUUAUAAAAAAGAAUCCAAGCUUUGUUUUCAAUAUCAGCUGCCAGUACAAUGUCCAAAUGUCUAUGAAGACGCUGGCUAAGAACUGUUAUGGUGAAGAUGUUAAUAAUGUUAAGAUAAUUCAUUGGAACUCUCCCAGUAAGUACAGUGUGAGGAUCAGGGAUGCUGAGUAUUUCAAGAACAUUCAUCUCUCCUAUGUAAAUUUCGAUGGGAAUCUUUUACGGGAAAAAUUGCACAGAUGUGCACAAAAUGAAGUGGUUACUUAUAAGAUGAACCAUUCCGACCUGUGCCUGAGCUUUCGCGCGGCGCAGCGCGUAAAGCUGCGCACACACUUGUACUACAUGGACUAUAGCUACUCUAGCGUCGAUGGUUUCGACGUCACACUGGUGCUGCAGCUGUCUAUGGAUAGAUUGCAGUUUUUGGAGCGGCUCGUCAAAUAUUGGGAUGGUCCGCUCAGUGCUGCGAUAUACCUAUCGGACUGCGAAGUGACAAAACUGGAGAGCUUCAUACGAGACUGGUCCGACACGCUCAGCUUCCGACGGAAUAUCGGAUAUCAUCUCGUGUUUAAGCACGAUUCGGUACACUACCCCGUGAACUACCUCCGUAACGUGGCCUUAGAGAACGUGAAUACGCCCUACGUGUUCCUAAUGGACGCUGACUUUGUGCCCAUGGCGGGUUUGUAUGGACACUUGAGGGCUGCUAUUAAAUUGAUCAACCCGUAUCCGCAGAAAAAGUGUCUCGUGGUACCGGCGUUCGAAACGCAGCGUUACCGCGCGUCCGUGCCGCGGUACAAAGCGGCGUUAUUGGGGCGGUUGGCGCGCCACGGGGCCCCGGGGGGCGGGGACGUGGGGCCCUUCCGCGCGCGCGAGUGGCCCCGGGGCCACAGGGCCACUAACUACACGCGGUGGGCCAAUGCGACCGCUCCGUACGAGGUAGAAUGGCAAUCGGACUACGAGCCGUACCUAGUUGUGCACCGCUCCGUGCCCAAAUACGACACACGGUUCUCUGGAUUCGGUUGGAAUAAGGUAUCCCACAGCGUAGAGCUGAAGGCGCAAGGUUAUAAAUUGGCGGUGUUGCCCGAUGCGUUUGUUGUUCACACUCCACACGCGCCCUCACCGGACAUCACCGCGUUUCGCGCCGACCCACACUAUCGCAUAUGCUUAGCGCUCCUAAAGCAAGAGUUCAUGGAAGAUCUAAAGAAAAAAUACAACGUGACAUUGGAAACGCCGAAGGACUCGCCCUACAUGGCGGAGGCCAAGAGUCUACUCCUCCAUCAGAAGAAUGACUGAAGCACUUCGAAGUGUAUUCACUUUAAUGCGUAAAUGACAUGUUAAAUUGACUCAAAUACACCCAAGAUUUAAAUGCAAAAAAAUAACGUUAUCCGAGUUAAAUCUUGUAUAUGUAUGUCACCGUUACAAUGUAGUAUUUUUAUUAUAAACAGAAAAAGAUAGAUUCCCAAGAGAUUUGUAAUCUAUCGACAAAGUGUAAUCCGUAAUAUAUUGCUAUAGUAUAUAUAUGCUAUAGUAUGCCAUAUAACGCUUUCACUUUGAAAUAUUUCAAUUUGAAAUAAUUCAUUUGCAAGCAUAAAAAUGUUACAGGUGGAAAUUUUUCGACAGUUUGUAAUCUUAUAUGUGUAGAUCAAUAGAAAUACAGUAAAACAACUGUCCUUUUAUGGUUAAAGCUUACAGAUUAUACAGGCAUAAAUUGUAACUGAAAAUUGACAAUAUUUUUUUUGCGAAUCUUUUAAUCUGUAAGGGAAAAAUUAUAAUGUUAUUUUGUUACUUUGAGAUGAAGGAUAAGACGGAAAGAGAGAGAGAGAGAGUGCGACGUGUUUUUUUCUGAUAAUAGUCUGUAUGGAACUAAUAAAUAUGCUUUAUGCAUUUAAUGACUUCAUUGUAUAACGGUUCUACAAUUGUAACCAGGAACGCUACGGUUUUUUUAGUGUUAAAUUUGAAAUUUUAUAAUUUUCAUUAUCGCUUCUGUUCGUUCGCCAACUCUAAAUAUCGAGUUGCCAGAUAAACGUAUGAAAAUGUCAAUUAAUAGUUUACUUUGUCGAUGAAAUCCUUGGCGUAAAUAUUAAAUCGAAUAUUGUACAGGGAAUUUAUAUAUUUUUAAAACACCAAAGUGUGUAAUGCCUUUUAUUUUUUUGUUAUAUUAUUGCGAACUUUAGACAGAAUUUUAUCAAUUUGGUAGUACGUUUUGAAUUUUUUUGCACUUUUUUUUAAUUUUGACGUUUUAGCAAAUAACGAAUAAUGUUUCAAUUCGAAAUCAUUGCCACAAACAAAAUACAGUACAUAGAUUAUUAGAUUCUUACAGCUAACAAAGGUUAAUUGUUAGUAUGAAAAUUAUCAUUGCUUACUUUUUAAUAACUUAUAAAAAUAAAAUGAUGAUUUUAAAUGGGGAUGUCAAUCGCUAUAAGGACGUAAAACCCGAGGUUGUGUUGCAUUUGAAAUUGUGAACGGAGUAACUAUUGUCGCUCAUUGAAUAAUAGAAAUGACUGCUAAGUACUUUCUACUAAUCUUAGUGAUAGUGUUGAUUGAGGUUGCCUUACAAAAUAUGUUACGCCCGUCGUCCGAAAAAACAAAAGAGAUUGUCGGUUCGACUGAUUAUUGUUUUGUUACUCAAUAACUUCAACUGAUAAUACGAUUAUUUUUCUGUUUGAUAGGUAAUUAAUUGAUCAUAUUUAAGAAAAGUGUGGUACCUCCCCCUCCCCCAGGGAGUGGGUGACCUUUUGUGUGGAAAUGAAUUAUAAUAAUUUAAAGAGUCAAAAAGUACAUACUCUCGUUUCUUUGAAUAUGCGAGUGAUGUUGUAUAUCCAUAAAAUGCGUUAAUACUACAAUUUUUCCCAUCAAUGUACGUAAAAAAUACGGAGAUAGUCGUAAAUGUCGUAUAAAUCGCUAGCACGUUUGUCCAGUCCGCUUUAAUUCCAGUAUUAUAUUCAACUGUGUAAGGGGAAACAAUUUUCUAAUAAAUACGCCUCCACAAUCACAAAAGAUAAUCGACCUUAAGUCUCGUAUUUAUGGUAAGAAUUUGUUAAUCAAUAAUGUUGCUCUUCGGGCGCACGCAAUAUUGCCAGCAGUAUAUGUUGACUUUUCAACAUGUUAUUUAAACAUUGUUAUUAAACAAAUGUUUACUAUAAAUACGGGGUUUAAUUGGUACAUUUAGGAUUAGGAUCGAAUGCCCA